AAAAAAAAAAAAAAAAAAAAACUUAAUAUAUAAUCUUAUAUCAUAAGUAUUUGGAUUAGAGUACCAUUAAGAAAUAUAAUAUGAACCAGAAAUACAUCCAAAGCUGAAGGAAAUUGAUUGCUAAUCCCCCAGACCGACGAGUCACGUGCAUCCAACAUUGACAUCUUUGGCUUCGACUUUCUCUUUCUUCAAUAUUCCAAACAAUACAAACUCGUUAAUAUGGCGGCUAUCGAAUCCAACACCAAACAAACAUACCCAUCACCAGCAGCAGAACUUGCAGCUGCAAUCAACGAUGGCAAAACACACCUACUCCUAGCCGCAAGCGGUUCCGUCGCGGUAAUCAAAUUGCCCCUCAUCAUAUCCUCACUUCAAGACUAUCCGAAUCUCUCAAUCCGCAUCAUCCUCACCAAGUCUGCAACCCACUUCCUCGCAGGCCAGUCCCCAGAACAACCAACAGUGGCCUCAUUAAGCUCACUCCCGAAUGUCGAUUCCGUCUACCAAGACGAAGACGAAUGGGUGGAGCCAUGGACAAGAGAAGCAAAGAUCCUCCAUAUCGAGGCACGCCGUUGGGCGCACUUACUCGCGGUUAUCCCCAUGUCCGCCAAUCUCCUGGCUAAGAUCACAGGGGGGAUUUGCGAUAAUCUUCUGACGAAUGUGAUUCGCGCCUGGGAUGUCGACCCUUUGAAUCCGAGGAAACGUAAGAUUCUUGUUGCGCCGUCGAUGAAUACGAUGAUGUGGAUUCAUCCUUUGACUGCAAAGCAACUGGGUAUACUUGAGGAAUGGGAUUGGUUUGAGGUUCUGCCUGCGCAGGUGAAGACUUUGGCCUGUGGUGAUACCGGGCAGGGUGGAAUGUGCGAUUGGAAUGAGGUUGUUUCUGUGAUUAAGCAGCGGCUGAGUGUUACUGGUCCGUAAAUUAGGCGUUUAACAUGAUGUUCAGCCACUAUCUACGUUGAAUGAUUGUAUGAUAUGUUACUAUAAUAAUUCCUGUACAGUUCCACGCCACCCAACAUGAUAGUAUCCUUACUUUUGAUAUGGCUGGGUAGAAGAGUACCCAAAGUCCCCAGGCUUCAAGAUCUUUGAUAUGCCGUUAUUAAUAACAUGGGACUCGAGAAUCGACACUCCUCAACCUGUCCAUCCAGCCUGGUUGAUAAUGCACCCAAAAAACACUGGCUCUCGACGAUUCUUCCAAACUACCAGAAAGCAGCAGCCUAGAAGCAGCCACUCAAGCCCAGUCGAACGACAAAACAAUAAAUAUCAACUGUUAGCCAA